CUCUUCAACCUAUAAUACCGGUUUGGAUAAACGAUCUAAUCGAGUAAUGGAUCAAGCCGCUCCUUCUCAUGGUCUUGAAUCGAACGAAAUGAACUCAUCGACCUAUAAUACCGGUCUGGAUAAUCGAUCUACUCGAGUAAUGGAUCAAACCGCUCCUUCUCAUGGUCGUGAAUCGAACGUAAUGAACUCUUCUGAUAACACCGGCCUGAAUGAUCGAUCUGCUAGAGUUAUGAAUCAACAGGUUCCUUCUCAUGGUCAUGCUUCGAAUGAAAUGAACUCUUCCUAUAAUACCGGUCUGGAUGGUCCAUCUACCAGAGUAAUGGAUCAAACCGCUCCUUCUCAUGGUCAUAAAUUGAAUGAAGCGUCCACUUUCGGUCAUAACAACGCUCCUACCUAUAACACUGGUUUGGACGAUCGAUCUACUAGAGUAAUGGAUCAAAAGGCCCCUUCUCAUGGUCAUGAAUCGAAUGAACUAAACUCUUCCUAUAACACCGGUCUGGAUGGUCCAUCUACCAGAGUAAUGGAUCAAAGCGCUCCUCAUGGUCGUGAAUUGAAUGAAAAUCAUGGUAUUGCUGCAACAGGUUUGAAUGAACCUUUUAAU